AUGACAACUCAUCGGUACAAUCUUCGAAGUAACAAAAACAACAAUAGUCAACCAUCAUUAGAUCUUUCCAAUCGUCCAAAACAAGAACAAUCCACUGUUGGUAGACAAAAAUCCUUACUCAAAGGUAUUCAAACGCAAGCGACUCAAGCUUUUCCAACAUCAACACAAAAUCAACAAGAAGAAGAAGAAAUUUAUUCCACUAUAUCAUCUGAACUUCUUCGAGACACUCUCACAAAUUCUUCUGCAACCAACACAAUUGAUUUAAAAAUGGCUAAUCCUGAAAAUUUCAAACAAUGGAAAAUUGAACAACAACAAAAGAUCACAGUACUAGAACAUUCAAAAUUGAAUACAAUUGAUCAAUGGAUGGAAAUUAUAGAAUCAGUUUUCACAACAUUGGAUUAUGAAGAAGAAAUUUGGGCAACAAUUGUUUAUAGAUAUCUUGAUCAACAACUGCAAGACUGGUAUGAUCAAACAAAACCGUCCUUUUUAGGUUCAAAUGACUGGAAUAAAUUUAAGGAACUGUUGACACAAUACCCAGUAGUUCCAUCAUGGUUAUCAUCAACAAUGGAUACUGUAACAUCAACGUCACCAAGCUCAAAUGAUACAAAUUCCACUACAAAUGAUAAUAAUCAUGCAAUUGAAGACAAAAAGCUACCAACAUCUCUACUACGA